AUGGAACACUCAUUCGAACCAUUGAAGAAUGACUUGCUCAUUCGCGCCGCUUGGGGCGAGGAGGUGGAGCGCCCUCCCAUGUGGGUGAUGCGACAGGCCGGUAGAUACCUCCCCGAAUAUCACGAGGCCAAGGGCAACCGUGACUUCUUCGACUGCUGCCGGGACCCCGAGGUCGCCUCGACGCUUACCCUGCAGCCCGUAGAACGGUAUGCCGGUCUAAUAGACGCCGCCAUCAUCUUCUCCGAUAUCCUCGUCAUCCCGCAGGCCAUGGGAAUGGUCGUGGAGAUGCUAGAAAAGAAGGGUCCUCAUUUUCCCCAUCCUCUCAAGUCGCCCGAGGACCCCCAGUACGCUCAGCUCCUCGAGAAGAAGGUUGACGUCGCGAGCGAGUUGGAUUACGUCUACAAAGCCAUAACCCUGACGAGGAAGAAGCUUGCCGGACGAGUGCCGCUUAUCGGAUUCUGCGGCGCUCCCUGGACGCUGUUCUGCUACAUGGUUGAGGGCGGCGGCACGAAGCUAUUCGCCGAGUCAAAGCGUUGGAUCUAUCGAUACCCCGAAGAGUCGAAGAAGGUGCUGCAGAAGAUUUCCGAAAUCUGUGUCGAGUACCUUGCCCUGCAGGUCAAGGCUGGUGCCCAGCUUGUAAUGGUGUUCGACUCGUGGGCGGGUGAGCAUUCCCCGGCCUCGUUCAAGGAAUUCUCCGAGCCCUAUUUGCGAUACAUCUCGGAGCACCUUCCUCCUAGGCUGAAGGAGCUCGGGCUCGAGCCGGUUCCCAUGACUGUCUUCGCCAAGGGAGCUUGGUUCGCCCUUGAUUCGUUGUGUGAUCUCGGCUAUAAUGUCGUCGGCCUGGACUGGCUGCGAGACCCACGAGAGGCAGUCCAGAUCCGGGGUAACCGGCCAGUUGUCUUCCAGGGCAAUGCCGAUCCUGGUAUCUUGUAUGGCACGAAGGAGCUCAUUACCAAAACCGUCAAGGACAUGGUGGACGGAUUCGGUGGUGGCAAGAAGGGCUGGAUUGCAAAUCUAGGUCACGGCAUUACUCCCGGUGUGAACCCUGAAGACUUGAAGUUCUUCUUCCAGGAGAUCCACAGGUUGACCGCCCCCUAA